UUGCGGGGGCGUAAGGUCACGUCGGCGUCUGUGAGUUUUCGUCUUUUUGAGUUUAAACCUGAGCGUCUCAGUCCACAGUCCUAUACGCCUGGAGUCUUGGGGUUGCUACGGACGUUAACAUUUCUGCACCCGUGCCUCUUACCUCCGGAUUGACGUCUCAGGACUCACCUUGCCUGAGAAAGAAGCCCUGAAGAGGAAGAAGGGGAAAGGACAAGGAGUCAGGAAUGACUCUUUCUCAGGCACUGUUGACAUUCAGGGAUGUGGCCAUAGAAUUCUCUCAGGAGGAGUGGGAAUGCCUGGACCCUGCUCAGAGGGCCUUGUACAGGGACGUGAUGUUGGAGAACUACAGGAACCUGGUCUCCCUGGAUAUGUCUACCAGAUGUGUGAUCAAAGAAUUAUCACCAAAAGAGGACAUUAAUCAUGGAGACUUACUUCAGACAUUGGUUUUUGAAAGACUUGUAAGUCACGAUUUUGAUGAUUCUGAUUUCAGUGAAGUCCAGCAAAAUAUGCACAAGUUUGCGAAUCAGUGGGAAUAUGAAGAAAAAAGUUACAAAGGAGUGACUACAACCCCUUGCAAAAAUCUCACUGGUAGUAGAGAUCAACAACAUCAUAAAUCCUGGAAUAAUUUUCCUUUAAAGCACAAUGUUUCUGUAAGAAGUAUGUCUCAAUAUUACAGAUAUUACAAGUCAUAUAUGAGGAAUAAGGAACUAAAAAGUAACGUAGGCUCUUCAGGAAACAAGUUUUUGAAAUGUUUGGAAAAUAGGCUUGGAUUAAGCCUUCAUUCACAUUUGGCUGAACUGCAGAUUUUUCAAACUGAGGAGAAAAUAUAUGAAUGUAAUCAAGUUGAGGAGUCUAUGAAAAACGGUUCCUCAGUUUCACCACUUCAAAUAAUUCCUCCUAGUGUCAAAACCAACAUUUGUAAUAAAAAUGGGAAGGUUUUAACGCAUCCUUCGUUGCUUACACAACACCAGAAAACACAUAUUAGAGAAAAGCCCUACAAAUGUAAUGACUGUGGGAAGGCUUUUAGCCAUUGCUCAGUCUUCGCUAAUCAUCAAAGAAUUCAUUCUGAACAGAGACCUUACAAAUGUAGUGAGUGUGGCAAAACCUUUAACAGAUUCUCAAACCUCACAAGGCAUCAGAGAAUUCAUACUGGGGAGAAACCAUAUAAAUGUAAUGUGUGUGGUAAGGACUUUAUGAUACGUUCACACCUUUGGGGUCACGAGCGAAUUCAUACUGGAGAGAAACCUUACAAAUGUAACGAGUGUGGUAAGGAUUUCACCACACGUUCACACCUUUGGGGCCAUGAGAGGAUCCAUACUGGAGAGAAACCAUACAAAUGUCAUGAGUGUGGCAAAGCUUUCACUGGGAGUUCAAACCUUACUCAACAUCAGAAAGUUCACACUGGAGAGAAACCAUAUAAAUGUCAUGUAUGUGGCAAGGCCUUCAGUCAGAAUUCAAGCCUUACAGUUCAUCAGAGAAUUCAUACUGGAGAGAAACCUUACAAGUGUCAUGAGUGUGGCAAAGCCUUUAAGCAGUACUCAAGUCUCAACAGACACCAGAAUAUACAUGGAGUGAAGAUACAGAUGUAA